AAUAUUACUACACAGUCAUUAAGAAGAAGAUGUGAAAAAACUCAAAAUCAACAUGAUCUCAGCCAUAUGAAUAUAGAAUGUAUUUAUUGUAAUGCACUUCAUUGGCAAGAUGAACAUUUGAUGCAUUUUUUAAUAAAAAACUCUAAAUUUGGUUUAUAUUGCCAGCAAGGAAAAAUUAAACUUUCUCUUCUUAAUAAUCCUCUGCUCCUUCUUCGACAUUUUUUUGAAAGCAGUGAUAAAGAUGCUAAAGAAUUUUGUGCAAACAUUCGUCAAUACAAUGCUGCACAUGCAUUUACAUCAUUGGCUCAUGCAAAUAACACCUCUACUACAAACUUAACUAUUUAUCUACAUUACAAUAAUGCAAUAGAUAGACACUGCUAUAAUCUUCCAACAAUGGAUGAAAUAGCUAUUAUUUUGUCCAGUGAUGGAUCUAUAUCAGAAGCAAUGUGUGAUAUAGUUAUUCAUUUGUAUAAUAACAAGCUUAAACAUAUUCAGAAGAGUUACCCAGCCUACUUAUCAUUAUAUUAUGUGCUUCUUUUUCUAUAUGGUGAACUCGGAUGGCAUGAAGGAUUAUGCCAAUCAUUAGGAAAUAUUGAAAACAAUCGAAUCAAUAAUCAAACUAGAAUUCCACGUUUGACACAAAAGGAUUUUUUUUCUUUUCAUCUUUUUGCAUAUCAUAAUAAAUUUUUGACAAUCCUUCGAGGAGGUAAAUUAUUUCAAGAAUUUAUAAUUGACGCAUGGGCUACUACAGAACAAAAUAGAUUAAGAUUUUUAUACCAAAACCAAGAUAUACUAUGUGCUGAUCUUUAUCAAGGUUUAGCUGAUGUUGCAAGAAGUAUUGCAAACAGUAAACUAUUACUUAAUAAUCUUAAUCAUCAGCUUUUGCUUACUGUAGUUUGUGGUCCACAAUCUUUUGAUCACUUAAAAAUGAUCAAUAGUAUUACUUAUCCUACAUUUAAAGAUGCAUGUAUUAUCUUAGAUUUACUAGAAAAUGAUAAUGAAUGGAAUCGAUGCCUAGAAGAAGCAGCAAUCAUACGUAGUGGUGCUCAAUUAAGAUCACUUUUUGCAACUAUACUUGUAUACUCUACCCCAACCAAUCCUCAAAAUCUAUGGCUACUCUUUUAUAAUAACCUUUGCAAUGAUUUUCACUAUCAACUACAUAAUAAGUAUAAUAUUCAAAAUUCUACUGAACUCCAAAUAUUUGAUCUCAGGCUCUUUCUUCUUGAUCAAAUUCUGUAUAAUUUCAACUAUUCUCUUAACAUAUUUCCUUUAAUGCCUUGUUGGGAACAUAAUUGGGAUCACUACCAAGAAAAUUAUCUUAUCUAUAAACACUUAAAUUGGAACCAUAAUGAACUUAAAAAGAUAUCAACCAGUCAGGAACUUCAACUAAAUACUGAACAACAUGCUGCAUAUCAAGAUAUUCUCAAUUCAGUUGACAAUGAUACAAAUAUGUUUAAAUCAGAUAAUAUCAUUGAAAUUCCUCAAAAUAUGACAAUUGAAUCUGAAUUAAACUCGCUUAUCAAAUCAGUCUAUUGUAAUAUCUCUAUUGAAAAUAUAUGCACUGACCAAUAUCUAAAAGACCGAAUAAUACUCUCUUCCUGUAAUACCAAUAUCGACGAUAUCAACAUUACUAUUCUUAACUCUUUUCCUGAAAACCAAAAAAUGUACUUGAGCUCAGACAAAAUAGUUUCUAAAAACAAUAACAACUUUAACAAUUUCUAUUCUACAUCUCACCAAGGUCUCUGCAACAGUUCUAGAUUAAUUGUAACAAGACUUAAUGAUUAUGUAAUUGAGGCCCGUAUCUUGACUGGAGACCAUGCUGGCAAUCUAACUUUUAUUCCUUAUAUAUCUCUUACAACUUCAACUUUUGAACUUCUGUUUAAACUUAAGCAAUAUCAAUUUCCUAUUAAUGUAGCUUUCGCAAUAACUAUAAAUAAAUCACAAGAUCAAUUUGUAAAACAUGUUGGUAUUAGUCACUACAUAAGAAAUAUCAUAUUAAAAUCAAAUUCUUUAUAUAAAGAUGCAAAAGUAUUUACAAUAUGGGCUAUUGGAAUAUACCCAACAGGACAUGAAAACAAUGAAAUUGAAAUAACUUUGUUUUUAUCUGUCAAUUCUAACAAUCGAGAUCCUAAAUCACAAGCAAUCUUCAAAAAAGAUGAAUAUUAUUCCAUUGGAAAAAAAAUUAUACCUGGAUCCUAUGCAGGACAAAUUAGACCAAAAAUAACAAUUUCUACAUCAACUCACCUAACAAUUUCUGACAAAGAAAUCCCAAGCUUAAACAAAUGUCCCUUAAAAACCACUUUAAUAGGAAUUCCACAAGAAAUCCCAGCUGAAAUUGAAAAUACUGAAAACUCUAUUAUUGAAAUACUUGUAUCUGAUUAUAUUGGCCAACCUUACAAUUAUACAAUCAAA